GAUGUUAAAAGCUACAAUUUCACUCUAUUCGCAUAUGAGAAUAUUUGGCGGUAAUGCGGAAUAAAUAAGUCUAUUUUAUACUGCAAAUGUAAUAACUACAUAUAUAUAAAAAUUGGUUAGGUUAAUAGAAAUUUUUCUGAAAUAGUGCAUAAUAAUAUUUAUAAUCAUCAUGAACAUGGAUAUAAGUAUGGAUGCUAAUAGUGGAGGAUUUCUAAACGAUACUUCAUCGGUUUCUGGAGAAAAAAACUUGAGAAGAGCACAAAAUAUUGUUCCUGUAAUGAUUGGUCAAAUAAUACGUUCUUCUGGCGAUUUUCAAAUUUGGGAGAUACCAGUUCGUAUGCUUACAUUUAUUGGCAUAUUACGCAAAGUUAAUGAAUCUACAACAAAAAUCACAUAUGAAAUUGAAGAUGAAACCGGUACAAUUACAACUCUUCGAUGGUUAGAAGUAAAUAAAAGUACGCCAGAACCAACAUUAGAAAUAAACACUUAUGUUCGAAUAUAUGGUCUUCUACGUGAUCAAAAUGGAGUAAAACAAGUCUUCAUAGUACGUAUAUUACCUCUUGAAGAUCUUAACGAGUUAACCAAUCAUUUGUUAGAAGUCACUUAUGCAACAUUGAAGGCAGAACAAAUAUUUAAAGCAAACAAUACGCACACUGUUUCUGUUAAUGUGGAUGAUAAUUCAAUGUUUAAUAAUGAUUGCACUGGUAUGAGUACAGAACAAGCUAUAGUAUUUAAAAUAAUACAAGCUGAAAAUGAGACUGAAUGUGGAAUUGAAAGAAACGAUAUUAAAGCUCGUGUACCAGAAAGGAUUUUACAUGAUGUUGAUCAAAUAAUUCAUUUCCUUACAUCUGAAGGACACAUAUAUACUACACGUACGGAUGACCAUUUUAAAGCAACUUAAGCAUAUGUUAUAAUAAUAUAUUACAGUACUGUGGAAACAUAUAAAAAAAUAUUAUCCUUACAUUUAUAUAACUUAACAAAAUAUAUAUUUUUAUGUUUGA